AUGUCCACUUUAUAUUCUUCAUGCCCCCUUUCUGAAAACGGUAUUCCUCUCAUCAAGUGGAUCCAUGUUGUUUCUCAUGAAUGCGUUUACGGAAACCUUGAGGCAUUUUCAUGGGCCUCUCAAUACAUCUCUAUAUUAGUAUGGGUCACAGCAGGAACAUACCAAAGUUACCAGCUCUACAAAACAAAAGAUGUCAACGGCUUUAGCGAAGGCUUUGUGCUGUGUUGGAUUGCCGGCGCUUUCUUAAACGUCCUGGGAUGCCUGUGUACAGGUCAAAUGCCAUUCCAAGUCGUUUUGGGAUUCUACUUUUUAUUCUCAGAUAGCUUUCUCUACUUCCAGUACAAGUACUACUCCAACAGACCAUGGCUGGCAGUUCAACAACUUGAAGAAGAUUCACAAGUCAUGGAAGAGCGACAAAUCCUGAUACCUUCCAGUUCAAACACCAACAAGCCCCGUCAAAGCAGCAUUAGCAAAAAUGACACUGCAACCAUCACUCGAUCUUACUCUACCUUCACACCUGGCGUCGUUCUUGGCCUUGCUUACGGCUCUUCCACAACUUCCGGUGCUCCUCUUCCCAGCGUUAUUGCUUCGACCGCAGCUUCUGCCUCUCCUUCUCAAAUUCUUCUCAUUCUCGCCACUGUCCAACUCAUUGUUGGUAACAUUGCCAGCUGGACUUCCAACGCUCUUUACACUGUUUCCAGACUCCCUCAGAUUAAGCGUAACUUUGACCGCAAGAGCUGCGAAGGUGUUAGCCCUGCUCUUUUCAUUGCUACUCUUUUUGGAAACGUCUCUUAUUGCUUCACCAUUGGCUGCACUUGGAAAUCUAUUGUUGAUCCUGUUGAGGCUCGCGAAUUUUUCAUUACUGAGUUUCCAUUCAUCUUUGGUGCCGUGUCUACCACUGUUGCCGAUAUCAUCAUCUUUAUUCAGUUUUACAUUUACAGAGAUAAUGAAUACGAAACUCUGCAAAACAUUGAUUAUAAUGCUGAAGAGCGCAUUAUGGUCAUUGAAUCUCGUUCCCUUAGUGACGAAGACGAAGAGCCAUAUGCUAGAGGACCUUCCUCUUCCAGAAAGACCACAUAUUAUUCAAAGAAUUGA